AGAUCAGUCUAAAACCACCUGUCUUGGACGGUGGAGGCUCCGUCCUCUGAUUCUAUCGACGGUAAUCGGUAGUUGUAAAAUCCAGUGAAGAAACCGGGAAUCGCCUGCCACCGGAUCGACUAGUUCACAAAAGUUGAACGAGCACGAUGGAGAGAUUAAAGAGGAAACGGAGAAAACCUGACGGCCAGAAGAAAGUAUUACUCUCAAUCGUCGAUCCCUGGGACGUCAGAGUGGCCAGUGUCGAUCCGGUCGGCUUGGCGGAACGACGAGGCGUCUCUUUGUCGAUUUCUCCGCUCCAACAGAUCGAAAGUGCCUCGCAAGAGCCUCUGUCUCCGGGUAGAACUGUCAGGACCCCGUCACCUUGGUACAAACCCGCUCACAGCAGCGUCUCGGAACACUCUUCUACCGUCGGAGCCACGAAAACGAGCUCUGCCGAACCCACCUGGGUGAAUCCUUGGUAUUCCCCGACCAGGUCAUCGAUUGGUACGCGAUCCAAUUCACCGGAAGUGCCACGGAAACCAGCGAGAAAGAGAGCGCAAAGCGAGGCGAGAAACCCGGGAACAAGCUCCGAUCUUCGAAAUGACCAAACCAUUCCGGACGACAAUGGAUUAAUCGACGCGACACCGGAAAUCACGUGCGGUGAUUCCGAUUACGAGCACAAGGCUGGACCAGUCGCCAGAGUGCGUUUCGAGAACAAGAAGCGAGGGAGCAGGAGCCACACUUGGGAUUCGGAAGCGGAUCGCGUCGAUGGGAAGAGUCAUCUUUACCCUUCGAAGACAGUCAGUCCGCCCGGUAAUUUCGAAGACGAUAAUUCGUCGCACCGGGAAGAAACUCUGACGCAACAGUCCGCGGAAAGUUCUGCAGGUCCCGACGAGACGAAUACCGAGGAGAAAGGUUGCAAGUCUACCGAAAAAACAGAACCAGUCGGUCUCGGAUAUUUCGAAGACAAAGAGCUGGUGAACGUCGUGCAGAAUUUGGUGACGUCGAGGUACAGUCCCAAUCUGCCCGGUGGGCCACGAAAAUUAAGCAGAAGGACGUCAUGUCGACGCGAGUCUCCGAAAGAAAUGGACACGAUAGACGACCCGAAGGCGACGGAACGUAACAGCGUACCUGUACCAAGUACACCUUUAAAAGAAACAACAGAAAUCAUCGAAGACGGAACGAAGGAAAGAUUCAUUCGUCUUGAACCAGCGGCAAGAUUUCGCGCAGCCGCGGAUAUACGUAAAACGAGUGUCUCGAUGCCGAGCAAUCUUGACGAGAUGGAAAAUCUGCGAAUCGGCAGGCAAAAGGUGACUCCCUCGAAAUUCAACAGAUCGGAGAGCGGUGACAGCAGCAGCGUGACGUUCAGCAACAGCGGUUCGACGCCCAAUGGAAGCCCGCUCGGCUCGGAAACCGAGGAGGAAGCAAACGACGAGGAGAUGGCUAAAGUCCCGUUGCAAGCUCCUCCUCGAAGGAAAGGCAGAGUAGUGGGACCAAUGAUUAGUCAAAAGUUGGGAAACAACUCGUUGGACCUUCCCGGUGGACAAAGUGCGAGCUCGACGAUAACCAGCGUUAACAGCAUUAGCAGUUUGCUCAAGGAAAAACUCCAGUUGUCCCUUCCACAAGCUCUGCGUAGCAGCAAAAAGAGACAGAACGCCGAUUAUCGACUACGAGUUUUCGUUGGAAUACUAUUUCUAUGCGUCGUUUUCCUCGUAGGAUUUGCGCACAUUUAUUACACGCAGCACGUUCUGCAACGAGCCUACUUCGACAAAUUUCGGUUCAAUAAAAAUGAAAGAGUGAUGCACGUGUACAGCAGCACCGGAACCGAAGUGAUCGCGGCACGUCUCGGCGAAGGAAUUCCUCCCGAAACCGGAGUCUUUCAAUGUUUACCUCACCAUCAGAAGCAAGACUCGGUUUGCCUCGAGUGGCUUCAACAGACUCGUUUAUAUCUAGCUCACACAAAACACGAGGACAUGCACUGUUACCACGUCACCUGGCAAAGCCUCAAUCCUUACUACAAUCCUACGGAUUGCUUCGAUUGGUCUUCGAAGAGAGGACACUGGUACGGCGCUGGACAGAUCCAGAACAUACCUUACCCUCUUGAACGCGGCCGCCUGGACUCGAGUCCUUUCAUCACCGGCGAUAUCGCGAAACAUCCGUUCGGCAACGUGCUGAAAAGGUACUUUCUAAACUCGAAGGGCGCGACCAUAUUGGUCGAUCCGAAGACGCCACUUUACGUCUCCAUCAACGCAAACAGGAGCAACGAUUUCUGUCUACAAGCUAAACACGAUGCUUUCGCUUACAUCAAUCACUUAACGCCCCUACCGCAACUGAAUUACACGAUCUGCGCGACAGACAACAUGAAGAAUUUACAUUCCUCCAUGGCGGAGAAGUCUUUAUGGGACGGCCUGAAGCCGGACGAACUCCACGCGGUUCAUUCGCUGCUCUCCGAACCUGUCUGGCAAAUUGCACCGACCGACGAAGCUGCGAUUUACAAUUACACCGAGGAUGUUAUAGCUCUCGGCUUCUUACGGCAGGGCCACGUUUUGUUGAGCGAAGAGUGGCAACCCAGUACAGGUGACUUCGUACUGGACGAAGAACGAUUCCCCACUAUGGAAGAAACGAUCAACAUUAUUCAUCGUCGAGGGUUCAGAAUUGCAUUCACCAUCCAACCGUUCAUAUCUACGGAAUCCGUAAACUUUAAGGACGCUGUCACGAGUAGACUGUUGAUUUCCGAAAGAGGCAGCGACCCAAGAAUUCCGGCACUGACCAGAUACAAACACAGCAACAGCGUCGGAGUUUUGGACAUCACGAACAACAAAACUUUGCCUUGGCUGCAGACCAAGCUCGAUAACUUGAUCAUGAAGUACCACGUGGACUCGUUUUAUCUGGACUUAGGUACCGCGCAAGACAUGCCUCACUAUUACAAAUGCGAGCAACCGUUGACUAACCCAGAUCAUUACAAGACGCUAUUGACGAGAGCGAUUCUGGGUUCUAUGCCAGUGAUUGGUGUCUCUGGUGCAAUUUCUAGACCCCGCGCGCCAGUCUUCGUAUCUCUUCCACCGUUCUCUUCUUCCUGGAAGGCCAUAAAAACUGUAAUUCCAACGGUAUUGACCUACGGAAUGAUAGGUUAUCCGUUUAUUAUGCCAGGCGCUGUUGGCGGAGACGUAGCUUUGCCCAUGUCUGAUAACAAUCCUGACAACGACUUCGAAGUGAGCCUGCCGGAUAAAGAGCUGUACAUCAGGUGGCUGCAGCUGUCCACGUUUCUACCGGUGAUACGUUUCACUCAUCUGCCUAGCAAAUAUUCGGAUGAAUCGGUGCUAGAGAUAGCCAAGAGGCUGACAACCUUGAGACAAAAAACUGUAACACCGUUGCUGAAGAAGUACGCAAAGGAGACUCUAGACACCGGUUUGCCUAUAAUCAGGCCUUUGUGGAUGUUGGAUCCAGCCGAUCCAGCUUGUCACGUUGUCGUGGACGAGUUUUCCGUGGGCGAGGAAUUAAUAGUGGCUCCUGUUCUGUACUCGGGUAGCAGACAGAGGGAAGUUUACUUGCCCGCGGGAGUAUGGAGAGACGGCAUCGAUGGCAGUCUCAGGAAAGGAUCGAGAUGGAUUCACAAUUACAGGGUGGCUGAAGACAAAGUUGCGUACUUUGUGAAAAUGCCCGAUAACACGAGAUUUUAAUCGGCUGAUUGAAUUGAUUUCGUAUGGUUUUACAAACAAUUAUCCAAGGAACAGAUCCGAGUAAAAGAUCGAAAAUAAAAAUCGGUAAGGCCAAAAUGUCAUUGAAAAAUAUCACUAGGUUUUUAUAGGUUAGCGAGAGCUGAUAAGAACAUAAGUUAACGCUCCGGAAGUAUUUAUUUCUUUAUAUUAGGAAAUAUAUUUAUUUUAUUCUA